UUCGAACUGUGUGAGAAAUGGCAGAAACCGCUCCAGAAGCUCCCGCCGCUCCUCCGGCAAAGUCACCGAAGAAGAAAGCGAUUUCGAAGCCUAAGAAGAAGGUUGGCCCUAGCGUAUCUGAUUUGAUCGUUAAGGCAGUGUCGGCUUCAAAAGACCGCCACGGGCUCUCUUUGGCUGGGCUUAAGAAAGCUCUUGCGGCAGGCGGCUAUGAUGUGGAGAAGAAUAACGCCCGCGUUAAACUCUCCGUGAAAAGCCUUGUGACCAAAGGUUCUCUAGUGCAGACGAAAGGUACCGGCGCCUCCGGAUCCUUUAAAAUCAACAAGAAGCAGGCAGAGGCCAAGGAGAAAACCACAAAGAAAAAGGCGGCUCCAAAGAAGAAACCAGCGGCGAAAAAGCCCGCAGCUGCUAAGAAAGUGAAGAAGCCGGCAGGUAAGAAACCGGCAGCUGCCAAGAAGGCCACUAAGAAACCUGCUGCCGCAGCCAAGAAAGCCACGAAGAGUCCCAAAAAGGCGAAGCCGGCUGCAAAGCCCAAAAAGGCAACAAAGAGUCCGAAAAAGCCCAAGGCAGCCAAGCCUAAAGUGGCCAAACCUAAAACUGUAAAGAAGGUGGCACCGAAAAAGAAGUAAUUUGCUUUUGCGUAACCCGAAGUUGGUAUAAAUAAACGGCUCUUUUCAGAGCCACC